UAUAACCAGACAAUCCCUGGAGUGCAACAAAGUUUGCGCCAGUGGAAUCACUCCUUCCUUCGCAACUUCUACAUCAACCGUCUCCAUCUUCAGCAUCGAACCUGCUUCGGUUUGUAUUAUUUGACGGGGCACAUCAAUUGAUAGUAUUAUUCCAAGAAAAAACGAGAAAAGAAAAGAUGGCUCACCAAAAAGAUACCGUCAAGGCUGCGACUACGGCUACGACGUUAGAUAUCGUGUUGCAGAAUCAAACAACAUCCGGCACGGUAUAUGCGUACAUCACCGGCCUAGCCAUCGACAACAACAACGCGCUGUUUCUUCUAAAAUCAGACGGCAAGACAGCCUACUAUCCCACCUCCCCAUCAGGCACCCAAGCGGCUCUUGGGGCUGAUUGUGCCAUCCCCCUUGGAGCUGUCGGAAACUCGGUCACCGCCACCAUCCCACGGCUCGCCGGGGCACGAUUGUGGUUCUCGCGUGAUGCUACCAUAACUUUCUACUUGAACCCCGGUCCUGCUCUGGUUGAACCAUCCCCGUCGAACAAGUCCGACCCCAACUACAACACCUACUGGGACUUUUGCGAAUUCACCUUCAACGAUUCGCAGCUCUAUGCCAACAUCAGCUAUGUCGACUUUGUGAGCUUGCCGAUAUCAUUGACUUUGACCAAUACCUCCGGUCAAACGCAGCAUAUAUCUGGUCUCCCAUCUAACGGCCUCGACACAAUCUGCUCCGGUCUCAAUUCCCAGCAGGCAAAGGACAACGCCGGCUGGAACCAGCUUAUUGUGCAGAAAAACGGCGCGAAUCUCCGAGCCGUCAGCCCAAACACCGGUAUUGUGAUGAACUCAUCUCUCUUCAACGGAUACUACUCGUCAUACGUAGACCAAGUAUGGAGCAAAUAUAGCAGUGGCUCAUUGACCGUCAACACGCAGAUGUCAGCUGGAAAUGUAGGCGCUACGGUUUCCAACAAUGUACUCAAUUUCGGAAAUGGUGCUGCCACAUAUAGCAAACCUGCCGCCACGGACAUUUUCAGCUGCAGCAGUGGGCCAUUUGCGGUUUCUGGCAACCAGGAGAAGGAUGCUAUUACUGCUCGAUUGGCAGCUGCAUUCAACAGAUCGACACUCUUGGUUAACAAUAACACUCCAGCCAACGAGAAUCCUUCCAACUACUAUCAAAACCCAAUCACUAACCACUAUGCCCGUAUCGUGCAUGCUGCCAAUCUCGACAAACGCGGUUAUUCGUUCCCUUAUGAUGAUGUCGCUCCCACAAAUGGAGCCGACCAAUCCGGAAGCGUGUUUGAUGGAAGCCCCAAGUCGUUGACGGUUGUCGUGGGUGGAGGAAAUGCAACUGCAGGCCCGAGUGCUCCUGCCAAAGGUGCAAAGGACUCCAAGGAUGCCAAUACCCCAAGCACAUCACAGCCUGGUCAGGGCGGUCAAGGCGGUCAGGGUACUAAGAAAGGUAUCAACUGGCAGAGCAUUCUGGACUUCCUCAAAGGUCUUCCAUGCUUCAAAGCUUGAGAAAUUACAAAUAUUUGAAGUAGUUUCGGUAUACGUUAGUCAGGAAUUGAAAUUCUCCGGUCUAAGGAAAGGGGUUCUGGUUUGGUUGGUGGUUCGGAGUUUCCCUCAUUCCUCAGUUUUAUGUACAUAUACCAGUCUUGCUAUUGGUUAGGCCAAAUUGA